AUGAAUCGUUUUGGUGAUAUCGAUGUUUCAUUUAAGAGACUUCCACCUGUUUAUGGUUAUCUUAGUGAAAAACUUGUUCCCAUUGAAAAAGCACUAGAAUCUAUCGAGCCUCAAAUAGAUAACCUGCCUUAUUGGACAAAGAUAGCCAAAUGCAGCUGUCAUUUUCCGUCAGAACAUGGACUAACACGUGAUGAAUCAGCUGCUGUUUAUAUCUAUACGAUGGAAUGGGGUGAAACUGCUUUGUAUCGUGUAUUAAAUAAAGCAUUACGAUCUGAAAAUCGGCAACAAUUAAAGAUAUGGUUUCGAUAUUUAAAACUAUUUGAUACAGCAUUGGAUAAGUUACCUACUGUUAAAGAGGUGGUGUGGAGAGGUGUACCACUUGAUAUUGGCAAGAAUUUCACCGAAAAUCAGAUUGUGACGUGGUGGAGCAUUAACUCAUGUUCGUCAUCAGUCAACGUUAUUAAAAAUUUCCUUGGUAACGACAAAAAUUCAACUCUUUUUCUUAUUGAAGCUAUUAAUGGAAAAAAAAUUUCUGGAUACACAGAAUAUGAAAAUGAAAAUGAAAUUAUUUUACGAAUGGCCUCAGAGUUUCGCGUAAAGAGCGAUCCUUUAGAGCAAUCGAAUGGCUCAUAUCUGGUACAUUUAAUUGAGAUUGAUGAUAACGAUGAUCAACCAUUAGCAUCAGCUAUGAAUGAAAUGCAAUUGGCUGUAAAGUCAUCAAAUACAUGUGCUUUGGUGAUUCCUAAUAUUCCUGCCAAUGCCCGAUGGGUACAGAAUGGAGUGACGAUUGCUGGAGGCCAUGAACGAGGUAGUGAUACCAAUCAAUUCGACUGGCCUUAUGGCCUCUUCGUCGAUGAGGAUCAAACAGUGGUCAUAGCUGACUUUGACAAUCAUCGUGUCGUCCAAUGGAAGUUGGGUGAUACGAAUGGAGAAGUAGUAGCUGGUGGCCAUGGCGAAGGAAAUCAAUUGGAUCAAUUAAGAUAUCCAACUGAUCUGUUGAUCGACAAAGAUACGGAUAGCCUCAUUAUCUGUGAUCGAGGAAAUGGACGAGUCGUACGAUGGUCUCGUCGUAGUUGCACAACUCAAGGAGAAAUCCUUAUCGACAACAUCAACUGUUGGGGAUUGGCCAUGGAUGAUCAGAGAUGCCUCUAUAUUUCUGAUGAAAACAAACAUGAAGUCAGACGAUAUCACAUAGGAGACAAAAAUGGAACUGUUGUGGCUGGUGGUCAUGGCAAAGGUGAUGGUCUCAAUCAACUGAACGAGCCCAGAUAUCUCUUUGUCAAUAGACAACAGACUGUCUACGUGUCGGACCGCAACAACCAUCGUGUAAUGAAAUGGGGCAAAGGUGCAAAAAAAGGAGUUGUCGUUGCUGGAGGUCAAGGUCAAGGGAAUGCUCUGACACAACUGGCUUUCCCAAACGGAUUAUUCGUCGAUACGUUUGGCACCAUCUAUGUGACAAGCACGGGAAACGAUCGAGUAAUGCGUUGGCUUAAAGGAGCGAAACAGGGCACUGUCAUUGUGGGUGGAAAUGGUGAAGGCAAAGGAGCAAACCAGUUUCACGGUCCCAGGGGCUUGUCCUGCGAUCGGCAUGGCCGUCUUCUAACAUCAGUAUUAUUAUAA